AUACAUAGUACAGAGAGCCUCGCAUUGCUGAAACCAACAACAUGUCAAAGCCUCACAUUGCCCACACCAGCAAUAUGCCCGUGUUCCGUUCUUUUCCCCGGCUCCCACCUGAACUCCGAUGCCAGAUCUGGCAGUCCAGCUUGGAGACUUGGUCCGUCGUCACGGUUAGUGCCAACAAGUGCUCUUACACGCUGCAGCCCAUUGGCUGGGACAAAUGUGUCGUUGGUCGCGUCUGCAUCGAGGCUCGGAUCAUCAUGGAGAAGACUUGCAAGGCUUUCGCUCUCGGCGGCACCGCGUGGAUUAACUUGCAGUCGACAACGCUCUUCUUCGGGGAGGCAGCGAAGGCUUCACACACUAUCGGGCGUUUAGAUCCGCGGCUCUGUUCCGACAUGACCCACGCUGCUAUCAUCUGGACUACUUGGCCCGAAGUUGUUGGCUGCAUCAAGCAGAUGUCCAAGAGGUGCCAUUCGCUGACGUCCAUUUCCAUCUUUGACGCCGGCAAACCCGUCACACAUCAUGUCCGACCCUUGGGCCCAGAGGAUGUGGAGCGGAUGGUAGCAUUUCCCCUAUGUUCGAAGCCAAAGUACGAACCUUGGUGGAUGGAUGGAGACGCCCUGACGGCAGACCUUCAAGCGUGGUUCUCACGCGACCCCGUCUCCAGCCUGCCUGCUAUCAACAUGAUCCCGCUUUGACGCCGGCCGAUUCACUCGGCCAACAUCUCUUCAGAACCUAGCUGGGCGGCUGAACUUUGAAGAUGUUAGGACUCUGUGGUAAGGCGCUUCGAGGGCCAAUUGACAUGGUCCUGCCCCUGGAAUGGUUCUAUUAAAGACCUCGAUAUCCCUCGAUUCGUAGAGUAUGUGAAGCAACAGCCAGCAAGAGCCUUUAACCCGAUUACACCCUUUUUGAGACUCUACUCGUUGAACUAUAUCUUUGAUCACAGCUUGUUUCCUGACAUGACUCCGCCGUCUUUAUCAGAGCUUGAAUCCGCGGCCCUUGAUGUCAUAAGCAUAUUGAAGGGGCUACCACAAUUUGCUGAGCAGAAGAUUGCUGUUAUUGGAGGCACGGCUCUUUGGAAGUAUCUACCACGUGGCCGGUCAACUGAGGUGCUUCGAACUUUCUAGACCACAUCACGUAUCAUUGUUGACCGGCAUAGGACGUUGACUUUAUCGUGACUCUCGACGGGCCCAAGAGUAUCAAACCGAUCCUUCUUAAACUUAAGAACAGCCCUUUUGAGGAGCGCGCACAGUGGUUCUACUACCGCACGCCGGCAACGAAAUUGAUACAAAUUGAUUUUGUAGCGCAAUGGCAGGUAUGUCUGACUCCCAAUCUCUGUG